AUGGUUGUUCUCUCGAGAGAAUGCAGGGCUAUUGGUAAAUCUACCGUGAAGAAUGACGCAAGAAACUUACGGCUUCAACUUCGAAACAAACUCUUACUUCCUCUAUUUACUGAAAAGAAACUAGAAGGAGAGGGUGGUGCUCGCAUUUCUGUUGCAUUGAUCGAUGCGGAUACAGGGGAUGUCGUUACGUCAGGGCCGGAAGCCUCCAUCAAGUUGGACGUCGUUGUGCUUGAAGGUGACUUCAACAGAGACGAUGGGGAAAAUUGGGCUCCAGAAGAGUUUGAUAGCUACGUGGUUAAAGAACGAGAAGGAAAGGGGCCGCUUUUGAGAGGAAAGCUCCAAGUGAAGCUCAAGGCUGGUGUUGGGGAGCUGGGAGACUUGAUGUUUACUGACAAUUCCAGCUGGAAUCGAAGCAAAAGUUUCAGGAUAGGGCUCAAAGUGGCAUCGCGUGAUGGUAAGAAUACACGAAUCCAAGAAGAAAAAACAGAUGCCUUUCCCGUUAGGGAACGUAGGACACAAGCGAAUGUUGACAGUUUGGAUCCUUUCCAGCAGAGGAAAGAAAAGCAUCAUCUGCCUGUAUCGGAUGACGAAGUCUGGUGGCUGAAGAAUAUUGCCAAAGAUAGGAAAAUCUCGCUAAAAUGA